AUGCUGCGGGUUGGAUUUGUGCCGAAUACUUCAUCAUCAACAACAGCAGUUGCACCGGAAGGUACAAACCUACGAUCGGGAGAUGCUGAAGACAAAAGACAAGCAAAAUCAGCAGCUGCAGUAGAAAAGGCGACGGCACAAUCAGCUGCUGCCCAUGCAGCCGCUGCGUCGGCAAGAGGAUCAGCGGCUGCAGCCCAAGCUGCUCUUGCUGCAGGUGUUGUCGACGAGCAAGGGAGUGCUGCUAGUGUAGAAAUAGGAGGAGCAACAGGCAUACCCGAACCAGUUGCAUCAUCGCUUUCCGCAGUCAUUGGUGGGGAGGCAGCAGCUGCUGCUGAAUUGGCUGCAGAAGCUGCAACAUCGGCUGCAUCAGAGGCAGCCAAUGCGGCGGCAGCAGUUGCCGAAGCAGCAGCUAGCAAUGACGAUUACCAAAACUCGUCUCAGCUGGAGGAAAUUAUCGUUAGUCAGGGGCUGCGUGUCGCCCUAGCCCUCGAAGCAGCUGCAGCUGCAGCAGCAGCUGCUGCUGAUGCUGCGAGGCAAGAAGCAGCAGCAGCAACACGCCAGGCUGCGGAGAAGUCAAGUAGUGCCAUCGCUUCUGCUGCCCAGAGAUGUCACGAAGCAGCUGCUUCCGCCUCGGCCUCGGCUGUUGCUGCUUUUUCAGCAGCAGUUUCAUCUGCAGCUGACUCCAUCACUUCAACUGCUGCUGCAGCUCGUGCUGCUAUUGGAGAAGUCACGAAUGCAGCAGCACAGAAGCUGAUGGAAGGAGCCAGAGCUUUCGAAGAUACUAUAGCAACGAAGACAGCUGCGUUGGAAAGCUCUCUGCUCUGGAGGGAGUAUCUUAAGUCUCACGACAGAGAAUUCAGCGGGAGCCCCAGCAGCAGCAGCAGUAGCUCCGUGGGGUACAGGCAUGGUAGCUCCUCACAGUUGAGCAGCAGCAGCGACAGAAGCCAAAUACGGGGUCGGAGCUCUCUUUUGCACUAUUUUUCGUCUGACUACGAGCGAGAGGGUAGUCAAGGUGGGGCGCCAGAAAGCCCACUGAAUAGCGCUGAUACAGCAGAGUCAGAAGCAACUGCAGAAGAAAAGUUAACAGGAGACGCCGCCAUUGCUGCGUUUAUAUCUGGUUGCGAGGAAUCUUUACUUCCUCGUGAGUCUCACUUGGACGUGAGCACAUCUUCUGACGAGGAGAAGGGAGCAUCAGCGACUGCAGCAGCUGUAUCUCUAACCGGCAACGUCCCGCGGAAGAACAGCGUAGAUGCAAUUGUUGCCGCUGCUGCCGCAGAGGCGGCAGCUUACGAGGCCAUGGCGAAGCGGCAGCUGCAUCAGCAGUACGAGAUCAGUGGUUUCUCAAAUCCCCUCGGUUGCCUUGCAGAGUCUCCUGCUGUACAAGGCCCCGCUGCUGCGGCAGAAGGAGCGCCAGCGAUAAGAUCAAGGGCAGCUCCAAAAGAAACAAAACCAAACUCCAUAAUCGCAUUAAUCACACCCACUACAGACUGUUUGGCAACUCCACCACCGGAAGUAGCAGUAGCACCAGAGGCAGCGGCACUACAGUCAACUGUGCCUUGUGAAGACACCGAGGGAAGGCAACCGCAACUGAAAAUACUGCAGACGCAAGCUAGGCACACCGCUACGCUUCCCUAUAACUUGGAGGAACUGCAGGAGCUCGAGGAGAUGCAGGGGCACGAGGGCUUGCAGGAGCAGGAGCACCUGCCGGUUCACCAGAACCAAAGGCUACAUCGGCUGAGAGGCGAGGGCUUAAGGGGGCGUCCCAAGGUAUAUCAGAAUGGGGUAACAAUCUGUGGGAGCAGCGGCAGGAGAGUCAGCAGCAGAGGUGGUGGUGUGAGUAGUAGCAACAGCAGGCAGUCAAUCCCAGCCUCCCACAGACAUUCGACGGUUUGCUCCAUUAGCAGCAGGCUGCCAUUCAGGUUAGAGCGCAGAGCCGGAGGCAGGACUGGUAGAGGCCGCAAGGGGCAAAGCCGGUCUUUGCUCGAGUGUAGACUUGAAGAAUUUAUUGAAAAGUGCAAUGCACGCCAGUCGGAGGAUACUCUCUGCAGCUGCAGCAGUUGCAGCAGCGGCCAGCAAGUGUCGGGCCUGCUCCCGGUCAGUUUGCGGCAGCUCCAGGAGCCCAUGGGUGGCGCCUCUGCAGUAUCCGCCUUGGACAGUGCACCUGCUGUCCAAGAUCAACACAACGUUUCCGGGUCCACUCUAGUUGCAGGCAUGGCAAGCCGAGCUUUGCUCGAUUGCCCGCACUUCUCGAUGCCCACGAUAUCAUUUCAGCAGCAGGAUACAUGCCACCGCAGAGAAUAUGACAGAGAUGAGGAUGAAGUGAAGCGACUUGUUUUGCUAUUCCCUUUCGUCUGUGUCUCCGUAACCGAUCUGGUUAUGCUUUCUCACUGUAUGGAAGACCCCCGGGUGCACACAAGAGUGGCUGGGUUGGAGAUAACCGCUGGUGCAUUGGAAGAUCCUGUGAGUUUUGCGCUCCUUGCAGAAGUGUUGCAACACCUUCAGGAGAGAGGCCUGUUGCAUUCUUUGGUUUUGCUGCGCAUCAUGGGAUAUAGCAACGCUGAUCUGAGGGCUGUACUGUCUUCUGAGAAGCAGCACCGCAUCCACGAGCUGCAACAGUCUGCUGCUCCACAGUCCCGCCUUCUUCGCCAUGAAGCGUUGGCUGCAUUUGCUGCUACCGUUGAUGCUGCGAGGCCAGCGAGAGAGAGACGGCUGCGGCGGCUGGAGCUAUUGGCACCAAAAGCAAUGGGAGAGAAUUAUUCUGAAGUGUCACAGGUGGUUGCAAGUAAACAAGCGGGAGUAAUAGCAGGACGUCCCGUCUUCUCAAAGAUAAGUCGUGUCGCCGCGUACAUCAACCCGUUCAGUGUAUUGGCUCAGGCCCUAGGCUUCCAGUUGUUGAGCAUUAGGGUGACAGAGCUGCUGCUGCACUGCAACAACUGCUGCCAGCGCACUGUAGCUGGUCCACGCGUUGUGGACGGCAAGGAGCAACAGCUGCAGGGUUAUGUACUAGACUCCGCAACUUUUGCAGGGAUGCGCCAGUUCGACGGUUAG